AUGGCACAUCUUAUCAGGCAAGUUUAUUAUGUCCCUUAUCCUUCAAUUCAGCGAGGUAAGCAAGAUUGGUGUGUUGCAAUCAAGUCAAACCCCAUAGGCCAUAUUGAAACUGAUGAAAUUAUAGAAGACCUUGCUUAUCAAGUCAAUGAAAUGUCACAAAAUAGUAAUGUGAUUGAAGUUGAACAACUUAUAAGUUUGUGUGAUAACGAGGUUGAGGGCCAGCAAGUUGAUGCGUCUAUAUUCUUGUCAGCGAAUAAUAUGGAUGGAGAUGAUGAAGAGUUGGAAUCCGAGGAUAGUAUUGAAUCAAAUGAAGAUAAUGAAUAUUUUGAGGAUACACAAUUUGAAUAG